GUGAAAUUGUAGUCGUAGUCUAACAGACGCAUCCGUUACUAAUAAUAGUUACGUGAUCUUUUGCCAUAUUAUCGGUUAUCUGAUUGUUGCUGAAAAUACGAUUUUUGGUGGGCCUGCCAGUGUCCCACCAGUUCCGAUAAAUUUUUACGUGAUCUGCAACUCACAUAUUUUGUCCUGGUAUUCUGCUACCGUCCCGAAGGGCGUUACCAUUUUAUAUGAAUUUUCUUAGCCACAAAGAAACAUUAUCAUUGUCCAGAAGAGGGCCAGGGAGUUUACACAUAGCGGUAGAGCCAAUUCGUGGCCUUGUCACUAGGUGUAUGAGUUCAUCGAAGCGCCAGUGGCCCAUCAGUUAUAGGACAUCAAAAUUUUCAAGUAAUCGGCACAGGAAGUCGCAGCCGUUCAGAGAAACGUGAUUGUCAGCGCAGUCGUGGAGAGGAGUGUUAGAGCCAACCAUCGCUUCCCCCUUCCACCAACAACAACAACAACACCAUCAUGGGCUCAGUCAAUGUCAACCGCAGCGUCAGUGAUGCUUUCUACCGCUACAAGAUGCCUCGCAUCAUGGCCAAGGUCGAGGGCAAGGGAAACGGCAUCAAAACUGUCAUCGUCAACAUGACCGACGUGGCCAAGUCUAUCGGCCGACCACCCACCUACCCAACCAAAUACUUUGGAUGUGAGCUGGGAGCUCAGACUCAGUUUGACUUCAAGAACGACCGAUUCAUCGUGAACGGCUCCCACGAGGCCGCCAAGCUGCAGGACUUGUUGGACGGAUUCAUCCGCAAGUUUGUGUUGUGUCCUGGUUGUGAUAAUCCUGAGACUGAUCUCAUAGUCAGCACCAAGAAGGGAACGAUCAGUCAGGGGUGUAAGGCUUGCGGCUUCCAUGGACCUCUCGAGUUCAACCACAAGCUUAACACCUACAUCCUCAAAAAUCCUCCCAAUCUGAACCCAGCCGCCCAAGGCGCCUCUUUGACUGAAGGCAAGAGAGCCAAACGUUCGUCCAAGAGAGUCAAUGGAGAGAACGGAGAACCGCGAAGUGGAUCACCAAAGUCUGAAGAGGAGGGAGAACUGAUUACUCCUGAGAAAGCUGUGCACAAGGAUGAAGAUGAGACAGACUGGGCUGUAGACGUGUCAGAGGAAGCUGUCCGAGCCAGACUACAAGAUCUCACAGACGGAGCUAAGGGUCUGACCAUCACAGAUGACCUGGAGAAGACCGAGAAGGAGAGGAUGGACUUGUUCUACAACAGUGUGAAGCAGCGCAAGGACGCAGGACUGCUGGAACAGCCGGCUACAGCCAAGGAACUAGUGGCGGAGGCAGAGAGAUUGGAGAUCAAGGCCAAGGCUCCUCUGGUGUUGGCCGAGCUGCUCUUCACUGACAAGAUACUGAUGGAGAUCAAGAAAAACCGUGUGCUGCUGCUCCGUUUCACCCAUGACGACAUGAAGGCCCAGAAGUAUUUGAUUGGUGGUGUUGAACAAGUUAUUGGACUGCACAAAGACGUUCUCUUGCCAAAGUCUCCCAUCAUAUUUAAGAUGCUGUAUGACAUGGACAUCCUGGAGGAGAAGGUGGUGCUGGAGUGGGGAGGUAAGGUGAGCAAGAAGUAUGUGACCAAAGAGUUGUCCCAAGAGAUACACAACAAGGCAGAGCCCUUCCUCACCUGGCUGAAGGAGGCUGAGGAAGAGGAAGAGAGCAGCGAAGAGGAUGAGGAUGACCUGGAGAUUGAAUAUGAUGACCGAGCCAAGGCAACACCUCUAAAGGAGACCAAAGUUGUGGUUGAAAAGAAGCCUCAACCAGCAGACGACGACAACGAGGUUGACGUGGACAUUGAUGCCAUUUAAACUUGUCCUACACCCAUCUCAACGCUAAUAUUAUAAUUUUGUUAAUAGUUAAAAGAUAGAAUCAUUAUAAUAGUUACGUAUCGGAUUAUAUUUGUUAACAAUAAGAUUUAUACUCCAGAUUUUACGACAGUGCAUUUGUUUAAUUUUGAAAGGGGAUUUACGAUAGACACAUUAGUGCGUCCAACCGUUUGUUUUGUGUUUACUGCGUGUAGAAGUGUGUAAACUUCCAAACAGUCUUUUGAUGUAUAGAUGUGUAAAAUUUGAUAACGAUGUUGCGAAAAGACUGUUGUAACGGUGGUGUUUUUAGUGUUUUUGUUUUUCGAUGAAAAUCAUUAUAUAAUAACCGAUUUGAUUACGUUAUGGUUUUGUAUUUAUUUGUGUUGAUAAUAAAUAAUCAAAGAUGUGUUUCACUUUAUUUUGUAUUAUUGGGGGCCCACCACUGAACCGUACCUUCCUACGAGAUGUAUUUCGCUGUGAUUGGUUCUUUAACCACUACAUAAGUGUAUGUUAGUAGAAUGAGAUUGCCUUAACUGGUGAAGCUGGUAUAUUUUUAUCAAUGAAAGGGUGAGCCAGUUUGUUUAUUCUUGUAGAUUUUACAAAGUCAACAUCGUUUACGCAGUGAAAGGUAUAAAUUACUACUUUACCAGUGAAUAGCUCUGUUCAUGCUUCUUUUCUUAUAUGUCGAUAUUGUCAAUACAACUGAUGCUUAUGGAGGA